AUGGAAGAGGAAAGGAUGGACCAGGUGGCUGCAGAUGACGCAGAACUAAACGAUUGGACGAGAAUCUUGAGGAAAAGCCAAAGAGGAGGACGUGGCCAAGUCGAAGGAAGACGCUUUUACCAUUUAGAAAGCUCCGCCCGAUUUUCAGAGGCGUCUCAAAUCUCCCUCUUCUCUACCAAUAAGAUGCCACGUAAACGACGAGCCUCGACGCCGACGUUGGAUGCCGAUGAUGAGGAGUUCGUCUCGGAAGAAAAGUACAGCAAGGAUGAUUUGGACAGUCGUGCACCAAGAAACGCGGCGAACGCCAGGGAACGAGCUCGGAUGAGGGUGUUGAGCAAGGCAUUUUGCAGAUUGAAGACAACUUUACCCUGGGUACCAGCAGAUACGAAGCUCAGCAAGUUGGAUACCCUUCGUUUAGCGGCUACUUACAUCGCUCACCUUCGAGCAGUCCUCAGAGAUGACGGGGAUGCUCAUUCAGAAACGACGAGAUCUCUAUCUUUAGCGCUGUCUUGGCCGUUUGCUCUUCAAGGUGGAAACGCUUCCAUGUUGAUGAACAACAGUUGCAACGUAUCAUCGUCAACGUCGUCUAGUUCUAAUCAGUAUCGUAGUCAGCAGGGAACCCAUGAGAUUCAGAAUUUCCAUCAUUCUGGACAUCAAAGCAUGUCACUACGUCAUAAUCACGAGCCACAGCUUUCCUAUUUCUAAUGUAUCUGUCAAGUGAAGGCAUUACAGCUCCUUGAUCGAGGAACAAAAGAAGAAUGCGUUUUGUUUGCGAACGAAAGAUUAAUAAUCGGAGAAAUCUAUUUAUUGCAGAGUGCCUUAUUACUCUAUUUAUUUAUCUGCCCAUUUAUGUUUUAAGAACGAUUAUUAAAAUACCCGUACAUAUCGUAAUUAUUUGUAACCAAAGCAUAAGUACUAGUCCAAUAAAGUAUAUCUAUGAAU